AAUUAAUUAUUCGCGUGCAAAUUUCGUGAUUGUCUGCAUUUCCAAUCGUGCAUUAUCUGGGUCAUUAGUCAUCUAUCGCACCCACGGCUAUAGUAUAAUGUCUAAGUGGAGCAAAAAUGUCGGAAAAUAGCCCAUUUAAUCGUAGUGGACUAACACGCCGCAGCCCGCCCUCAACACCCACACCGCAGCCCGGCCCGCCCGGGCCCGCACCCGCAAACAUGCAACAGGAAGAAGAGCCCCCGAAGGUAUUUCCCACAAGUGACAUCCAAACCUGGCUAAAGAAGAUUGAACUGAACCUGCAAGACGUAUGCGCUACAUCUGCAGAAGGUAAACUUAACUCUGACCAGAAGAUUAGAAUUAACAACCUGUGUCGUACCGUGACCCACUAUGCCUCACAAAUGGCUGUUGAAUAUCAAGCCCUGAAACAACAUGCAAUCCAAGCAUAUCAGUCCCGCCAGGCUCACCAGGAAAAAAUAGUCUCGGGAUCUGUCUCGUUUGCCGACGCCCUUAAGAAAAAUGGAUCGAGGUACGUCCAACCAUCUAACAUCAGUUCAGUCGCAAUUUACCCGGUCGACAAAUUGAAAUCGAGCGAGGAGACAAAAUCCCUCGUUCAAAAGAUUAUCCGGCCCGACGAAAUGAAGCUGCACGUGAGAGGGUUGCGCAAGAUCAGAAACGGCGGUGUAGUAAUAAGCACUGACUCCAGAGAGGACGUCAUAAAACUCAAGCAAUCAGCGCAGCUUACGACCUCUGGACUUACUGUUGAUGAGCCACAAAAACGCAAGCCCAGAAUUGUAGUCAUCGGAGUUCCCACGGACAUGCAGGAACCUGAAGUUCUGAAAUGUAUUUACCAACAAAACUUAGCCGAUAAAUUACAAGAUUGGUCGCUUGAAAAAUUUAUGGCAUCGAUUAAGCUAAGUCACAAAUCCGGGAAAAAAGGCGCCGAGACCUGUAAUUAUAUAAUUGAGGUCUCUGGAGUGAUACGCAAGGCCUUAAUUACGAACGAUAGAGUUUUUGUGAACUGGUCAUCGUGCCCUGUAAGGGAUUUCACCCUGGUUACCCGCUGCUUUAAAUGUCAAUUCUACGGUCAUGCAGCGAAGACCUGCAAAAUGGAGUCUAACGUCUGCGGACAUUGCGGCGAAGCGGGUCACUCAUUCAAGGAAUGUACAAAAAAGGACAAAGCACCAAAAUGUGCAACAUGCUUCCACUACAAGAAACCAUGCGACCACGAAACAGGCGACGCCGAAUGCCCAGCUAGACAAUUGGCCGAAAAAAGGUAUAUAAACUCGAUAGAUUAUGAAGGCGCCUAA